AUGCACCACAUUCGCCGCGUCGUGGCCGUGCGGUCCUUUUGCAGUCGAACAGCCCCUCAUGCGACAAACACAGCUGCACACGAUGUUAUGGAUAGAUUCGAAAAGCACCCCAGGCACUCCACUGCUCUCCCGCUAAGCGACGCCGCCGCGCCACCCACGACACACCAGCUGCAGUCGAUGUUCUUGUCCUUGGUUAACGACGGCCUCAAGGACGAAGCAGCCCAAGUUGUUCAAUACGCGACGGACAAGGCCAUCGAUAUAGACUACGACCUCUUGUUCCAUCGCUCGAUCAAGGACAGCAAGCUCAACCUUCAUGCAUUCGCGCAUGUGAUGAUCGCGCACCCAAUAGCGUUCUCGACCCAGCUUCGCCUCCACGCCCUUCGCGGGUGUCUGGGCGCCAAAAACUACUCCGCUGCCAUCGAGCUCUUCAAUCACGUUGAACACGACCACCCUUCGUCUCGAAUGGCUGAACUCAACAAACCGCUGUUGUCGCUGCUACGACAGCUGAGCCGCGCGACUCCUCCCCGCACGGGGCUACGCAAUGCCCAAUACCUGCUCACGGACUUUAUCAUGUUUCGCAAUGCGGCGGGUACGUCCGUGGCCACGCUCCUGGACGCGCUGCGAACGUGCCACCCCGACGUCGUUGCUGGCGCCGUCAAGUUGGUCGUGUACUCUUUGUUUGCCGUUCCCAAAGCCCAGUGGCACCACCAACUGGACCGUGUCCUUGAAGUACUCCAGUACUGCAUCCAGCAUCGUGUGGCGCUUCCAGAUACGUGGUGCUUUACCACAGCGUUCCUGAAAAGCAAGCAAGUUCCGAUCGAAUGUGCUGGGAAUGAACGCAUUUUGCAGUUUGCGGUGCUGUAUGUGGCCAUGGCACAUGCCGAGUUGGUCGUGCCUAGCAUGGAGCCGACGUGGCUGGCUAUUCAGGCCGCCGCCGACACGGACGACAACUUGACCAGACAGUGUUUGCGACUGCUCUGUGUGACCAACAUGACUCGCUACAUGUUUCACUUUGGAUUGAAUUGGGCUUGUAACCGAGGCGACGUGGCCCUCGCCUCCGAGUUGUGCCGCAGUGUUGUCCAGCGCAAUCAUCCCACCCCGACCCCAACGACGCUCAAGUUGGUCACUCCACUUCUACCUCGCCUUCCCAGCGAAACUCAUCACGACAUCGUAGCGUACUUGAAGAGGCACAUCAUAUCCUUGUCAGAUCAAGCCCCGUAGUGACCAUAAAAAACAAAGUCAUGGAUUUCAC